CCAUAUUAAUUCAUGCCGGGCAAGAUGGCGGCGACACGGACGAGAUGUUCUUGCCAGUGAACACAUAAAGGCGUUUUAUUAAUAAUACAAAAACGAGCCGGAUUCUUGUACACGCUUCACGGUAUUGCGUGUUUGAUUUUCCCAUAGCGAGUGUCGAAGUCGUUUUUAUUUUUCUAGUUUUUGGCGUUUCUUUUUCCUUAAUAGAUGUUCCCGUUGUGAGUCGCUCGCUAAUCGAGCAGCUGGCUAACAGAGCAGUUUGGAGCUAGUUAGCUAUCUUAUCAGAGUGGAGAAUGGGAGAAAAGCUGGAGCUCAAGCUCAAAUCGCCGGUUGGAGCGGAACCCGCUGGUUAUCCUUGGCCGUUACCAGUAUACGAUAAACACCACGAUGCUGCUCAUGAAAUCAUCGAGACAAUUCGGUGGGUAUGCGAGGAAAUCCCUGACCUCAAACUGGCAAUGGAAAAUUACGUCCUCAUUGAUUAUGACACCAAGAGCUUUGAGAGUAUGCAGAGACUUUGUGACAAGUACAACAGGGCCAUUGACAGCAUCCACCAGCUGUGGAAGGGGACUACCCAGCCUAUGAAGCUAAACAAGCGUCCAUCCAACGGGCUGCUGAGACAUAUCCUACAGCAGGUGUACAACCAUUCAGUGACUGACCCCGAGAAGCUCAACAACUAUGAACCCUUCUCUCCUGAGGUGUAUGGAGAGACCUCGUUUGACCUGGUGGCUCAGAUCAUCGAUGAAAUGGAAAUGAUGGAAGAAGACACAUUUGUUGACCUUGGCAGUGGAGUGGGGCAGGUGGUGCUGCAGGUUGCAGCAGCAACAAACUGUAAACACUACUAUGGUAUAGAGAAAGCAGACAUUCCAGCUACCUAUGCAGAGACCAUGGAUAAAGAGUUUAAAAAGUGGAUGAGAUGGUAUGGGAAGAAACACGGGGAGUACACACUGGAGAGAGGUGAUUUUCUGUCUGAAGAAUGGAAAGAGAGGAUAGCCAACACAAGUAUUAUUUUUGUGAAUAACUUUGCCUUUGGUCCAGAAGUAGAUCACCAGCUCAAGGAGCGCUUUGCUAACAUGAAGGAAGGGGGCAAAAUUGUAUCCUCAAAACCUUUUGCACCUUUGAAUUUUCGAAUCAACAGUCGAAACUUGAGCGAUAUUGGCACGAUAAUGCGCGUGGUGGAACUCUCUCCAUUGAGGGGCUCGGUGUCGUGGACUGGAAAGCCGGUUUCCUACUAUCUUCAUACCAUAGACCGCACUAUACUUGAAAACUAUUUUGCCAGUUUAAAAAAUCCUAAACUCAGGGAGGAGCAAGAGGCAGCUAGACGACGUCAACAAAAGGACACAAAGGACAGCAAAAGCAAUAACACCACCCCUACAAAACCCAAGGAGCAAAACAAGCAGCAGGACUCUUGUGGUGAGGAGGAUCGUCCUAGCCUGGUGACCGUCGUCAAACCCCCUACCAAGCCCAGAAGAACCCGGCUGUUGGCCAAAGGUCGCAAGCUCAACAAUAAGAAACGUGGUCGACCCAAGAAAGCUACCCCUGCUGCUGAGAAGAAUAAGAAAAAUCAGAGCGCAUUAGAUUUGCUGCAUGCAAAGACCCUUUCUGCAGCACCACCUCAGGAUGCAUACCGGCCACCUCAGACCCCCUUUUACCAGCUACCUUCCAAGGUCCAGCACUAUAAUCCUGGUCAGCUGCUGCUGAGCCCCACUCCUCCUGGUCUGCAACAACUACUUGAUAACAUCAAGGUCCAGUACCUCCAGUUUAUGGCUCACAUGAAGACUCCACAGUAUCGCUCCAAUCUGCAGCAGCUUUUAGAGCAGGAGAAGGAAAAACACAGGGAUUUGUCAGGACAGGCAGAGCAGCUCCAUUUGGUCUGUCAGUCUCACAAGAACAGGAUUAAAGGACUCUUCCAAACCAAACUAGAUGAGCUUGGAGUAAAAGCUCUGACUGCGGAGGACCUCAUUCAGGCUCAGAAGGAGAUAUCAGCCCACAACCGUCAGCUUAAAGAGCAGACUAAGCAACUUGAAAGAGACAUGGUUUUACUGAGGGACCACAGUCUGCUUCUGCUGAAGUCUCGAUGUGAGGAGCUGAAACUAGAUUGGGGGUCUUUGUGUCUGGAGAGUUUGUUAAAGGAAAAGCAGGCUCUGCGCAGACAGAUUUCUGAGAAACAGAAGCACUGCCUGGAGUUGCAGAUCAGCAUUGUGGAGCUGGAAAAAAGUCAAAGGCAACAGGAACUGCUUCAGCUCAAAUCCUACAGCCCUCGUGAUAGCUCCCCCUAUAGGAAGAGCCUGGAGUCACGCAGUUCCACAGAUGUGGACUCUUGUAAGCUUGGCAUGUCAUCGGCCCCAGCACUAAAUGGCAUUAACCCAGAGCUUUCAGUCAACGGCACCAGCUCACCAUGUUUUGACCGGGCUUACACAAAAGUAGAGCUUUCCCGCUACCUUCCCAUCUCUCCAGACCAUGAGGCAGUAGCCACCACCACUGAGGCACGACAGAGGCAGCAGAGCUCCUCCCUUCCUGACUACACUCGCUUCUCACCUGCCAAGAUUGCCUUAAGAAGGCACCUUAACCAAGACCCCUCUGCCUCUGCUCACUUAAGAGGAUCGAGCUUAAUGACACACAGGGAACUGGGAGUUGUCAAUUCCCCUCAUGGAGCCAAACAAAACUGUCCCUCUCCCAGUGCGUCUGAUGCUCAGUGCAAUGUGAAAAUCUCUGACAGGGGUGGUAAGGAGAGGAGUCCAUCUGUUCAGGGGGACAGCAUCACAAGCCUUCCAAUCAGCAUCCCUCUGAGUACUGUCCACCCAAGUAAAUUACCAGUCAGCAUCCCGCUGGCCAGCGUGGUGCUGCCCAGUCGUGCUGAGAGACUUAGGAAUACUCCCAGCCCUGUGUCUCAGUCAGGUCUGACCAAUGGAUAUUCAUGUUGCUCGGGGCUAAUGAAUGGAGGUUCCCACCCUGAGGACCACAACGGUGCUUCUUUAUCACCUCUUCCACACAGCAACAGUCCUUUGACAGGACCAAUGGGUCGAGGCGGUCCCAUCCAGAGCCCCUCGCUGAGCACAGGAGGGGUGCUCCAGUAUGCUGAUGGACCUCCGAGGAUUAUUCCUGAAGAAGGAACAGACCGCCAAGGUGGGGGAUCAGACACAGAGCUGCAAGAAAGCGAACUAAGGAGGAAGAUUUUCUUCUCUUCUUCCGCCUCUUCAUCUCCAUCUUCCUCUUCAUCAGGCAGCGGAAACUGUGUGGCCGGAGGACCACGCCUUUAUCAUCAUGCUGGCUCAGCCAAGCAGGGAUACCAUGGAAACCACCACCACCAGUCUCCUAGCACACAGCACGCACACACGCCCACACACACAUCAUCCUCCUACAGCUUCAGCUUUCAGGAGGGGCGUAGGCGUGGGAGGAGGAAGCGCAGCUCUACAGGGCCAGCCGUGGCCAGCGGAUCUCCGAAGAGACGUUCGUUCCCCGGGGUCGGCUCCAACAGCCACUCAUCAGGAUCACCGCUCAACAUUAACUCCAUGGUGAACAACAUCAACCAGCCUUUGGAAAUCUCCGCCAUCUCUUCUCCAGAACAAUCAAGCUGCAGCCCCCACAGUCUGGACCUGGACCUGCCCCCCAUCUUGAAGAGGGAGCGCCCUUUGGAGCUCAGUGGUAUCAGUCGAUACUCCACCACCCCCAGCUCUGACGAUGAGGACUCAGGAUAUCCUCCUGACAGCUCUAGUUCUCGCAUUGAAAGAAAAAUAGCCACAAUUUCACUGGAGAGCAGAGAUGGGCACGUUAGACUGGUUGAUGGAGAACGAGGAAGGAAAUCUGGUAGCAGCAGUGGUAACAGCACAGGCAGUGAGGCUUCCUCAUCAUCCUUUUGUUCAAACAGCAAGUGGAAAUCAACUUUUUCACCCAUAUUAGACCCCAAGCAGCCCAACUCUGAACUCAGACAGGGGGGCUCCCCAUUCAGCACGGAGGGGUCAAGCCGAAGCACAGACUCAGAUUCAGACUACAAACAACAGAAUGGGAGGAAAGGGGACGAAGGGGAUUCUUCCAGCUACAUGACCACCAACCCUUUCCUCAGCCAGGAGACAGGAAUGUGGUGUGGAGCCAGCAAUGGCUGUGGUGUCCAGGGAGGAACUGGUUCAGACCAGCGCCAGGUCCUCCAGAAGCAGAAGGGUCCCCGUGACUGGGAGCUGAAGACCAACAGCAACAUGGCCAGUCAGAAUCUCUUCAUUGCUGCCGCUGCCAGCAGCGGAGGGGGCAUUCUGAGUGGGAAGGUUGGAGGCAAUCCUGUUGUAGUUUCUUCAACCACUGGGUCACCUAUGGGACAGUACCUGGGCUCCCAGUUUCCACUCGGAGGGACCUCAGUCCUUCAGUCCUUGUUCGGGGCCCAGACGGGUGUCUCCACUGUGAACGGGACCUCCAGGCUUAUAAACGGACACUCUGCCCUGGGCAGCUUCUCCAGUGCAGGGUUGGCAGGAGGUAACUGAUGAGAACUACCUCAACAACAAAUAAACUACGCAAAAGUCCAGGUGUGGACCAAGGCACACUCCUCAUUCACUGGUGCUUCAAACCAUCUGCACUACCCAACCGCCUCCAAGACCGGCUUCUCACGGGGAAGAUCUGGGACACGUCCACACACUCACACUAAGGACCACUGUGGUCACCUGGAGCAGAAUCUGUAGUUAAAAGUUAUGUUUAUGUUUGAUGUGUUAAAUGUCGGUAUGAAGAUUUAAAAUCAACCCUGAGAGAGUCAUCUUAAAGGUGCUCAGAUAUGAUUGAGGAUCAUUUCAUUGUGGUGGUACUAAGGAAGGACUAACAUCUCUUCCAAACAUCAAACAACAGCCUGAAGCACACGUCUUGUGAUCCGCAUCAGGUGCCACACGCCUUCCAAAGCUUCACUGCAGGAGUGUGUGAUUUUAUACACUAAAACACACACACAACACAGAUCCAAUUCACUGAACUGGGCUCGGAUAUCAUGCAGCUUUGCCUUUUCUGCAUGCAGGUUCUCUUAUCCAUGUUUUCCUCCCGCUGAAACUGAGCACUUGUUGCAUCUUUAAAGAGAAUGAAACAAGAUGAGGAUCCUUUGGGUUAACUUCACACUGGAUAUUAGGAUGCAGAUUUCUUCAGUCUUGGCUGCUUAAUUGAAGCCCCAUUAUGGUUUAAAAGCCAAAAAAGAUCAUUUUGACUUCCUCAUGCAUUGAUUGUGAAUUAAGCUUCAUUUGGAGUAAAUUAGACGGUGAAAUUAGGUAUGAUUCACUGUAUUUCUGUCUCAUAUCAAGUAUUUAGCAUAUCAACAAAACAUUUUGAUGCCUAUCGCAGUUCUCCUCUUAAAUCAUUUGACUAUUAUAUGAAAAUAUGGAAAGCAUCUGUAGGUGUUGGAACAAGGUUCUGAUUUUAGUCCAUUUUUUUUUGAAGAAAAGAGGUUCACAUUACUAGCUGGGUAUGUUUUAAUCUGAAAAGAUGAAAUGAAAUCCACAAACUGAAAUUGUGCUCAGUGUAGACAUAGCUGCUGUCUAUCAGCCGCCUUUGGUCAGAGUUUAGUUGAAGUUUAGGGAGUAGCUUAAAAACGUGUGUACAGAAUUAGAGAAUUCAACUAGUUUCUCUAUUAAGAUUCGUGUUCCUAAGUCAGUUUGGUUAAGUCACACUACUACUUGGAAUAAUUUCUGCAGCCAGGUUUUUAAACUGGUCUUAAGAUAAAUUUUGCCCUAUUUAUAUUUGCUGGGCUCAGUGAAUACAGCCACGCACACAUACACAGCCAAACAUGCAACACCUCAAACACUGGGGAUAACAAAACCAACAUCUACAGAAACUACUGGACUCUCUUCACACCUUCAUGUUUGCUUGUUAACUGUCAUUUUUUUUGUUUGUAAAAAAAAGGUUUUUACUGUGAAUAUGAUUCAUUCUCCGACUGUAUAGUUGUGGAUAAUUUGGAAGAUUAUUAUUUAUGCCGUCUGUCUCUCUUUUUGCCUUGGUGUUUAUUUUUUCACUUUAAACUGUGUUGGCAAAGUAGAAUGAAAUGGUGUGUGUGUAUGUGUACUUGACUCACAGUCUGGAAACAAUGGUGCUAAGUUUGGACUGUGCCUGAUUUUAUUUAUUGUAAAUUGAAAUCAGUUUCAAUACAAUUUGAAUGCUUGGUGCUCUACACAGGGACAUUAGUUAGGCUGGUUUUUUUUUUCUUUGGCGUUUCUUUUCCUCAUAUUUAAUAUGCUAUUGACACAGACUUUAGCCUAGAGUACAACAGUAGACACCGCCUAAUGAUGAUAAAGCUCUUUAGUAGCUGCCUCGGAGUCUGAGGAAGUAGGUGUUGAUGUUUCUCAUGUAGUCAGACUGCAUUUCUUUCUCUCAGUAAAUAAAACGCACUGUUUUUAUAUUUCUUUUUAUUCUAAGUCUGCAUCAAAGUUUUAUUAAGUAUGUAUUUACAUUACAUCUAUAUAAGUAAAUAAAUAUAUAUGUAUAUAGAUAUAUAUAUAUAUAUAUAUAAGUGAUGAGGGAUGUUUGGUGCUCACAUUCUGACCGUUAUUUUCAGCCUGUUAAAAUGGGAGGCUUGAAGCCAAGCUGAGCAAAGCAUUACCACCUCGGGACCUUAACAUGGCAGCACAGCACCUCCUGAAUCUUUGUGAUGUAAACGAACCAGGACUAGAUACUCAAACUGUGUGUCCAUAUCUGAACACACACCGGUGCUGUAGCUUGGACACACUUCGAAUCCAGCACUAGAACUGUUCUGACUUUAAUCAGGUGUUUUCAACUCUUUGUUAUCUUUUGUUUUGGACCCAGAUUCUGCAGAAAAAAAAAAAAAAAAAAAAAAAAAAAGAAAUGGUGCUUCUGGAUCAAUGCAACGUCAGUUCAGUUUUUAAUUUUUUACAAACUAGAUCUUUACUGGUGCAUAAAGCACCACGUCGGCGUGUUUCUCCACACGUGUCUCUUGAUUUUCCUGACGAGGCCGAACUUUGUCAAGUGGUCGUGUUGUGUAACCGCUCACAGACAUGCUGAUGUAAAGUACUUUGUGCUUAUGAUCGAGGACAGCUAUGCUUCCUUUUUAACCUGGUAGAGGAAAUACACUUAAGCUCAGUUGUGUGUGAGUGCUGUUUUUCCUCCCCAUUCUUACCAGUGCAUAUCUAAGGGAUGAUUAGAGUAAAAUUGAAAGCUUUAUAGUCCAACCUCCUGUCCUGUGCACUCCCCAUGUAAGCAAAUGUUUUCCUCACCUGUGAGUGUUUAAACAAAGAGAAGAAAAUCGUUUUCAGAUGUAGUUAGAUGCUAGUCCAUUUGUUACCAGCACUGACAAGUAUUUUGUAAUUAUUGUUGAUGCUGUUUGGAUUUCUUUUCCUAUUCUUGGUGUGUGAUACAGUUGCAGUUACAUGUAAUGCUUUUUAUGGUGUACGCAGAUUCCUGUCAGGUUUUAUUACUACUAUCCAGCCGUCAGCACGUUGCUCUCCUUCACCUAAAAUAAAAACAGUUGCAGCUUUUGAUAGAUACUACCCUUCUCCUGUUGUGCUGCAAGGUUUUAUGGUUCAACCAUGUUUAAGCUGAGCUCACUUUGUGGCUUUUCUGAUGGUCCGGUUUGACUCUUGGAGGCGAUUUGAGGCAUGUGCCACUAAGAAAAGUUUGUGCUGCAAAAGGUUAAAUGUGCUCAUUACAGCUUUCAAUCAGUUUUGUAAUUACUUAUACUCUAAAUGUUUUUUUUUGGGGGUGGGGGCAUUAUUUGAAAUUAAAGAUUUUUGCAAUACUCCUGGUACGUCUUUGGUAGACCUGUGAGUUUUUGUACUCAAUAGGGUUUACUUUAAAUCCUGCCAAAGGUAAUAACUCAGGAACCUUCCAACAGUUUUCUAUUAACAACUCUAUUUAUUGAAGUGGCAUAAUGGAGACCCUCUAGAAAACAAGCUCAGGACUACGAUAACUUGGUGAGCAUAUUUUAAAACAAAAAUCUGUGAGAUGCCCUCAGACUGACUCUUACUGGCGCAUGCGCUCGAGCUCUAUGAGUCGCCGUGAUCUCAGGAAAGCCAUGAAAUGUGCGUCGACAUGUUCCUCAUCUCACAAAUGCCUCUGUCUCGAAAUGUGUCACCAAGAAGGAGGUUCAGAGUCUUCUGUCCGGUUCCCUUUAAAUGUGUCGGGACUGGCAGUGAAGGACAGAUGCAACCUAAGCGGUGUGUGCGCGGUGAUCUCUGAUUGGGUGAAGCCAGGGCAGGUUUGAGGUGCAAUAAUGGCAAACCUACUUUCCAAAAGGCCCUGGUUUUUUUUUUCCUGAAACAAUUGUUACUGUUUGAUGUUGGUGCUUUUAAACUAUGAUGUUAAAAUGAAACAAAUGGAAUUAGUGUGUUUUUUUCUGCAUUUUAUGUUUAUCAAUAAAAAUGUUUCAUAUGAUAUUGA